AUGCUGGUUCCACUCCGUAAAAAGAGUGAUACCUUUGAGGCAUUCAAAACAUUCAAAGCUUAUGCUGAGAAUCACACUGGAAAGAAGAUCAAGCAAUUCCGAGAUGAUAAGGGAGGAGAAUACAUGUCCAAUGAGUGCCACAAGUUUAUGGACCAAUGCGGGAUUGCAAGGGAGCAUUCAUGUCGAAAUAGACCCCAGCAGAAUGGUGUAGCUGAGCAUGCCAAUAGGACAUUUGAUGAGGCUGUUACUGCUUUACUUGAUGAGUCUGGUCUGUCUAAGAGCUUUUGGGCAGAGUGUUUGAGUGCGCUUGUUCAUGUGCUGAAUCAUUGCGAUACAUCUUCUGUUGAAGGAAAGACACCAUAUGAGCUGUGGCAUGGCAAGAAACCUGAUGUUGGCCAUUUGAGGGUUUGGGGGUGUGUUGCUUAUGUUCAUGUCCAGAAGGAUAAGAGGGAGAGCUUGGGUUUGCAUAUGCAGAAGUGUGUGUUUAUUGGAUAUCCUGAUGACUAUAAGGGUUGGAAGUUCUACAAUCCUGAAACACGAAAAGCGGUCAUUAGGCUCUUCAUUGCUCCAGUAAUGAAGCUCUUCUAUAUCAAAGCAGCGCUGCUCAACACGACGCUACUCUCCUUUGUUGAUGAUGGGACCAUUUUGGCCCAGUCCAAACAACUCAAUGAUAAUAAUGUGGGCCUGCAUAAGGCCUACAAAAUUAUCUACCUGCUCUUUGCCACCUUCAUGCUCCCCAAGACCUAUUGGAGGUACCUGGGCUUCUACUUCGACUGCAGGCUCACUUUCCAUGAGCACAUCCACUACUAUGCCACCAAGGCAUUCACCACCGUGCAGGCCAUGCGCAUGCUUGGAAACUCUACCAGGGGUCUGUUGCCCAAACAGCGAUGCCUCCUCUAUAGAUCAUGCGUGGUUCCCAUUGCUAUGUAUGGUUAUCAUCUCUGGUAUUUUGAUGGCGCCCGUAACAAAGACACCAUGAACCAGCUCAAACGGAUGCAGCGAAAAGCUGCUCUUUGGAUCACGGGUGCAUUCCGCCCCUCAUCCACAGGCGGUCUUGAGGCCCUAGCAGGUCUCAUCCCUGUUCAUCUCAUGCUGAAGAAGUUGGCCACGUGCACAGUGUAUCACGUUGCCACCCUCUCAGACACUCACCCUCUACGCUCUAUGAUGGGUGAGAGACUUCUCAAAUGGGCUGAACCCCAUGCCCGCUCUGCCGCCUUGAUGACCCCAGCCAUGCGAGGAAAGCUCAUUGCUAUUGCAAGAGCCAACCCUUUAACAGUACUGGCUGCAACCGAUGGCUCUGUCCCUCAGUCCAACCAGUAUCAGGCCGCUUCAGCUGCCAUCAUCUACAAGGGACAUUGUGAGCUUGAAAGGACUUGCUAUGUCUCUGGCAGGGUCACCGCCCCUGAUGCAGAACUCAAUGCCAUUGCAUACUCUAUGGACUCGGCCCAUAAAGCGGUAGACCCUUCCGUGCACUCUGGUCAGGCUUUCAGUCUGUCAGUCUGUCGCGCUCUCCAAGAGUGGUUCGAGGUGGAUGAUCUCCGCUGCAUCACCUUUAUCUAUGUCCCGUCUGCAUUGCGGUGGGACAUCCAUGGUGAGGCGCACAAGUACGUCACCGAACUCAAGGUCAGGGUUGGACGUCGCAAGACAGACAAUUCUAUAGACACGCUCUGCUCUCGAGCCGCACACUCAGUCCUGGAUUCAUGGAGUUCCACCUUCCAGGAUCCAACCUACAAGGGCUCUGAAUUCUUAGAGCUUCAAUGGCCUGACAGGCAGCCAAUACAGCCAUCCUAUCUCAAUGGGGGACCUUGGCUCUCAACAUUCGGACACAGUAUCACUGAGUUCGUUUGUGUCUGCUGGUGUAUAACUGGCCACACACCCAUUGGAGCAUAUCACCGUCGCUUCAAGAUUAAUGAGCCUCAUGGCUGCACUUGUGGGGCUGCUUUGCAGUCUCGCCAGCACAUCCUCUUUUGCUGCCGUGAUAGAUAUUCUGUGCACUAUCCUCGUUUUCUCAGGGAUAUUGCGUCAUUUUUGAAGCACAACCCCACGGUGUUUGGCUUCAACCGGGACCCCUUGGGUGUCAGAUAA